GACUAAAGCAAUAUCAUGAUGGAUGGAUCAACGAAGAACCGAUCACAGACCUUCCUCUACUUUUAGUUUUUUUCCAAAUGCAUCUUCUUCUUGUUUUCCUUCUUCUUCUUCUUCUUACAAUCCUUCUGAAAUUUCUUUACUCCACUUUCUGGCUUCCAUGGCGAAUUCAAAUCCACUUCCGAAAGCAGGGCAUAACGGGUCCUCCCUACCAUCCGUUCAUUGGCAACUCCGCCGAUAUCCGCCGUCUGUUCGCGGAGGCACAAUCGGACCCCAUUCCGUUUCACCAUGAUAUACUCUCUCGCGUUCUCCCCUUUUACUUCCGGUGGUCCGGCGAGUACGGAAAGACAUUUCUGUACUGGUUCGGGUCGAAACCGAGAUUGGCCAUAUCCGACCCCGAUCUAAUUAAGGAAGUGCUUGUGAAUACGCGCGGGUAUUUCCGUAGGAUCCCGUUCAACCCGCUGUCGAAGGUGCUUUUCGGAGAGGGACUGACCGGAUUAGAGGGAGAGAAAUGGGUCACGCGCCGGAGAAUUGCAAAUCAGGCUUUCAACAUCGAGCGAGUUAAGGGAUGGGUACCCGAAAUUGUUGCUAGUGUGUCGAGUGUGCUGGAGAAAUGGGAAGAGAUGAAGAGCGGAAUGGAGGAGUUUGAAUUGGAUAUUCACAAAGAAGUUCGUCGCCUCUCAGCUGACGUUAUUUCAAGAACUGCAUUUGGAAGUAACUUUGAAGAAGGAAAACGCAUAUUCAGUUUGCAGGAACAGCAAUCACAUCUUUUCUCCCAAGCAGUCAGAAGUGUUUAUAUUCCUGGCUUCAGAUUUUUGCCGACCAAGAAGAACAAAGAAAGGUGGAGCCUAGAGAAAAAAACCCGUAAAUUAAUAAAAGUGUUGAUUGAGACAAACAGCAAAGGAAGGGAAAACUCAACUAAUCUACUUAGCUUGUUAAUGUCAUCUUACAAGAACCAGAAUGGGGAAGAAGAAAGACUUGGAGUGGAGGAAAUAAUUGAUGAAUGUAAGACAUUCUAUUUCGCAGGAAUGGAAACAACUGCUCAUCUUUUAACUUGGGCUCUUUUACUACUGGCAAAGCAUCAAGAAUGGCAAGACAAGGCCCGGGAAGAAGUUCUAAACGUCUGUGGGCAUAAAACACCUCCUGCAGUAGAGAAUUUGAGUGAACUUAAACUUGUAGGUAUGAUAAUUAAUGAAACACUUCGACUUUAUCCUUCAGCGGUGAUGUUGACGAGGCAGGCAUCGAAACAGCUGACACUAGGAAGCUUAGACAUUCCUGCUGGCACAGAGCUUUUUAUGCCGGUGGCUGCUGUCCACCAUGACAAAGAGUUUUGGGGAGAGGAUGCAAACUGCUUCAACCCUUUGAGAUUUGGUAAGGCUCGGAAACAUUUAGCUUCAUUUCUGCCAUUUUCGUUGGGUCCCAGAAUUUGUGUAGGCCAAAACUUAGCUUUGAUUGAGGCCAAAGUUGCUUUGGCUAUGAUAAUUCAACGAUUCUCCUUUGCUGUUUCUCCAACCUAUUGUCAUUCCCCUAUGCUGUUUAUAACCUUACAGCCUCAGUUUGGUGCUCAGCUCCUCGUUAGGAGCUUAUAGAAUUGAACUCAGAGUUAGUCGAAAUACUAGAGUAAACGGUGGAGUCUUUGUGAACUGUUUGUUUUGUAAAAUGUAUAAUUUUAUUAAUCUCACAAAUGUACUAUAUAGUACAUAGGGAUAAGUUGAAGUUGUCACACAAUACAAAGUACUUAUGUUACAAGUUGAAUGUUGAACUUUACUAUACAAGUCACAGGAUUUGUUCGAAUUA